GCUCCUCAAACGAAGGAGGGCAGUGUUGCAGCGUGUACGCUGGCAUAACGGAGAAGAAGAGGAAAUGUUCGUCAUCGCAGAGCUUUCAAGAAAACAUGGCUUCCCCUGUUGGUUGUGAGCAUUAUGUGCGCAGGUGCUUAUUGAAAGCACCUUGCUGUGGUAAACUGUACGUGUGUCGGCUGUGCCAUGACGCAGAGGAGAACCACCAGAUGGAUCGAUUCAAAGUCAGAGAGGUGCAGUGCUCUGUGUGUCAGACAGUGCAGCAGGCACAGCAGACUUGCCAGCAGUGUGAUGUGCAGUUCGGGGAGUAUUACUGUGACAUUUGCCACUUGUUCGACAAGGAUAAGAAGCAGUACCACUGUCAACCCUGUGGGAUAUGCAGAAUUGGUCCCAGUGAGAAGUAUUUCCAUUGUGAGAAGUGCAAUCUGUGUUUAGCCCAGGAUCUGCAGGGAAACCACAAGUGCGUUGAAAAUGUUUCGAGGCAGAACUGUCCAGUGUGUAUGGAGGAUAUUCACACCUCCAGAAUUGGAGCUCACGUUCUUCCAUGCGGACAUCUUUUACACAAGACCUGCUUCGAUGACAUGGUCAGAACGGGAGCGUAUCGCUGCCCUCUAUGUAUGCACUCUGCCUGUAACAUGGAGGACCACUGGGAUCAGAUAGAUAAAGAGAUUGUCCAUUCACCGAUGCCCACUGAAUACCAGGGUGCCACUGUCAAAAUUAUAUGUAACGACUGCCAAGCUCACUGCACGGUGCCUUUCCACGUGCUGGGGAUGAAGUGCAGUGGCUGUGGCUCCUACAACACAGCACAGGACGGAGGACUCAUCCAGCAGCCAGAGCAGGACACUGGGAAUGAAGCAGAAACAGACACAGAGCCAGAGCAGCCAGAUCAGCCUCCGUCACCCACGCCACAUUAAAAUUACAGCCAACCACAAUGGGCGACAGUUAUACUUAAGACAUGUGGCUGGUGCACUUGUAGUAACUUGCAUUUAGUUUAACAGCAGACUGAGCCAAUCCAGGGCUGGAACCUAUCCCAGCAUGCACUGGCUGGUUGAGAUGAAGGAUACACCUUGGACAGAUUGUCAGUCUAUUACAGGACUAACAUAUAUCCACACACAUUCACAGCUACAGGUAAUUGAGUGUCAUAGCUCAUCUGACCACCCGGGGGGGGCAUCAUGGCCAAUAAAAUGGGCAGGUGAGGAGGUGUUGGUGGAGGUUGUACAGUAUCAGACCAAUUUCUGUUAAGGUCAGGCAGUGGGACGUAGUUUUGGAGAAAAGUGAAACCCAUCACCUAUGGAAAUACAAAAGGAUUGAGGACUGAUACAAAUAUUUAGAAAGAAAGAUCCAAUCCAAGGGGAUUAGAUCUUUCAAUCACCUUUCACGGAUAGCAGCAUCUUUUUGGUCUAAUUACUGGGUGUGGAUCUCACUCUGAAUUAUUUUUAUUAAUAAUUGAUGCUACAUGUGAUGACAUUAGUAAAGUUCCUGUCAUAUUGCUUUUAAAAUGUUUGUUUAAAGGCUGUGAUUCCAAAAUAAACAAAAGUAUAACCCCCCCCCCCCCAAAAUUUAGAGGUGUGUGUGUGUCUCGCUGUAAAAACAAAUGACUGGCUGGGACCUUUAACCUGCUCAUCUUCUAAAGCCAAUGAAGAAGAUGACUAUAUAGUCUGAAUGUGGCAAGUCAUGCCUAUUUGUAAUAAUAAUAAAACUUAAUGUGACAUAAUUAAAACUCCAACACGUGUAUAUAUUGGAUAUUUCCUUCUCAUUACAUGCAUACAGUAUGGUAAUUUCUGGAAUUGUUGCUGUGACAUAAGGCCCUUAUUUCCAGCAAAAAAUGUUUGUGUCUUUGUUACUUGCAGGUGUGAAGUUUGGUUACCUUUACAAUGAUGGUAAUACAAACUCCCAAUAAACAUCAUUUUACUAAACAU